CAAGCGAAUGAGUGAAGAUAUAGGCAAAGGGAAGGAUCGGAACAAUGGGAAUCAGUGAAGAAAGGGUUUGACAUUUGAGCAUAGAGACGAAAAUGAGAGUUUUUUCCAACAGGAUUUCCAGAGAAGAGUUGAAGCCAGGAGAUCACAUCUACGCCUGGAGGCACGCCUACAUCUAUGCGCAUCACGGGAUAUAUGUAGGUGAGGGAAAGGUGAUCCACUUCACCCAAGGAGCUGGGCGAGAAAUGUGCACUGGAACUGUCCUAGAUCGUAUCAUUUUCAGUUCAUCCCCUUCUGAUACUCCCAAUUGCCCUGUAUGUGGUGAUCAAUCAAGGCUUGAUGGUGUUAUCUCUUCCUGCUUGGACUGCUUCCUAGCGGGUGGGAAUUUAUACCUAUUUCAGUAUGCUGUUUCACCUGCUAUCUUUCUUGCUAAACCUAGGGGAGGAACCUGCACCAUUGCUGCUUCUGAUUCGUCGGAAGAUGUUCUUCAUCGUGCUUCCUUCCUUCUUCGUCAUAACGCUUUUGGUGUGUACAAUCUUUUCAAGAAUAACUGUGAAGACUUUGCAAUCUAUUGCAAAACGGGCCUACUUGUAAUCACAAGCAUCAGUGUAGGUCGGAGUGGGCAGGCGACAUCAUUCUUAGCUGCCGCUAGCGCCAUUGUUUCUUCACCAUUAAGAUAUUUGACAACCAGCUUUACUGGCCUGGCUGCUGUAGGUUACGGAAUGUAUUGUUUGAGCCGCUUGGUCUCAGACAUUGGAAUUCGUCGUGAUGUGGAAAAAGUUGUUGUUGAAAGCCUUGUUUCCGCUUCUGCUGGGUUCGAGAAAUCUGAUGAUAUCAGCAAAGACAAAUAGAAUUAGUAUUUUCACUUGUGGGUUAUCUCUUUUUUAGUACUGUUCUACUUAAAUUGAACUCGUAUAUAUCCGAUUCAACCUAUAUAUGUCUACUUGUAGGCAAAACCAAAUAUAUCUUUAACAAAAUCAUCUCCUCUUGUCUGCGAAAAUUUUGCUAUAUCGGCUCUUCAAUUUGCUCAACAUUUCUUUUAUGAUAUUUGUCUGUUAUUUACUGAUUUAUGUGUUCUAGCUACGUAUGAAAAGAAAAACCAAAAACAGAAGGUGAGAUUUAUAAAGGAAGAAAGAAGGAGGCAGAAGAAGGGGGGAAAAGGGUGAGUGAAAGCCACCUCUUAUCUAACAACGAUUGAGAUUAAUUGGAAGAAGGAGAAGAGAAGAUUGAGACCAGAGAAGCAUAAGAAGAAUUUGAGAGAAGAAUUUCGUAUUUUUCAUUCAUGAUUCAUAUUUCUACAUUGUUAGUUUUCUCCAUCAACGCUUCUAUUUCUCUAACUAUUUCUUCUGUUUCUCUCUAAUUGCUUCAGUCUCUGGUUUUUCCCCUAAAUUUCUACAAUCUCUUUUCCUUGUUCUAAAUCAAGUCUAAAUCAAUUUGUGCUACUGCUUCCUUUGUUAAGUUGUCAGUGUUAGAUGCACAAUGGAUGCUUUCCAAAUAGUUUAAUAAUUUUAAUAGAAGAAAAAGUACAGAAAAAAAUUGGAAAAGCAAAAGGAUAUUAGAAAUCUGAUAUGGGUUUGCGAUUAAAGAUUCAAUGAAGUGCAAAGUCACUGUUGUUAACCAGUUACAUAAUGAUUUUAUUUUGUUAUUCCAUUUGUUCAUUUUCUGUCUUUCUACUUUUUAUACUUAGUGUUAAGUCAUGAUUCAAUUUUCCGUACUUCGUAGAAUUUGCUGGUAACCUCUACAUUGAUAGUCUGCACCAAACCCUCCCACGAAUGAUGCCAAAUCCAGAACCAGAAAAGGCAGGUGACGAAGCUCAACCACAGUAAUUCAAUCCAAAAUGGGGUUGAAGUUGAAUCAAUGGUGGGACACAGGGAUGAGAUAAUGACAGAGGAGGAGGCUUAUAUCGAUGAUAUGACUAUUGACAUGGAUGCAUUCCAAGAAAUGGUCCGAUCAUCAGAAGAAAAUUCCAUAGCGGCUGAGAAUUCAUAGGUUGAUACACCUUUCUACCGCAUAAACACCUUAAUUUUUAAAGCUUUUUGAUCCUCAUGCUGCAUCUGUAGAGGGACACUUGAAAGUGAAGAUUGCUUGAAUGGUGACUACUCUGUAUUCGGGUUACAAUUUUGAAAAGACCUUCAGCAAGAAAGCAGCAAGGUUCGCAGCUUUUGGUCCUUGAGGAGUUGAAACAAAUAUUUUCCUUGAGAUGUCUCCCUUGAUGCUGUAUUUGUAAAAGAUUGUCAACAUGUAACAAGGACCAUUCUUUUAAAAAUCUUGUUGGCCAUUAUAACAAGGACCAUUUUAGCUUGUCAAUAUUUUAAGAGUAAGUCUGUUGUGGCAUAGUAGCUUGAAAAAAAAUGAUUAUAAGCUUAUUUAUCGUGGUCAGAAAUUCGACUGCUAAUGAUGUAUUCAAGCGGAAUGGAUGCUCUCUUUAUAUUUUGCUUUCUGAUUUCUGUCAAUAUUUACGUCUUGGCUCUUACUCCUUGCUUUUAGUUGAAUAGUAAUAAUUUUUUUUAUCAUCUUUUGUAUUCAUGGCGGAACUUGAGUUUGUGGAUAACAAGGAUGCAUCAUUGACUAU